AUGGAAGGCUCAGGGGAACAGCCAGAUCUGCGGUCUCCGCAGCCUGGAGACCACCGCAUCCGUGACGGCGACUUUGUGGUGCUGAAACGAGAAGAUGUGUUUAAAGCGGUGCAGGUCCAGCGGAGAAAAAAAGUAACUUUUGAAAAACAGUGGUUCUAUCUGGAUAAUGUCAUUGGCCAUAGUUACGGAACCACCUUUGAAGUGACCAAUGGAGGAAGUCUUCAGCCCAAGAAGAAGAAGGAAGAGCCUACUUCAGAGACUAAAGAAGCGGGCAUUGAUAAUCGAAAUAUAAUCGAUGAUGGGAAAUCUCAGAAACUUACUCAAGAUGAUAUAAAAGCUUUGAAGGACAAAGGCAUUAAAGGAGAGGAAAUAGUUCAGCAGUUAAUUGAAAAUAGUACAACAUUCCGAGACAAGACAGAAUUUUCUCAAGACAAAUAUAUUAAAAAGAAGAAAAAGAAGUAUGAAGCCGUUGUUACUGUAGUGAAGCCUUCCACCCGUAUUCUCUCUGUGAUGUAUUAUGCAAGAGAACCUGGAAAAAUCAACCACAUGAGAUACGAUACACUAGCCCAGAUGUUGACGUUGGGUAAUAUCCGCGCUGGCAAUAAAAUGAUUGUAAUGGAGACAUGUGCCGGUUUGGUGCUGGGUGCAAUGAUGGAACGAAUGGGAGGUUUUGGCUCCAUUAUUCAGCUGUAUCCUGGAGGUGGACCUGUUCGAGCAGCAACAGCAAGUUUUGGAUUUCCCAAAUCUUUCCUCAAUGGUCUUUAUGAAUUCCCCCUUAACAAAGUGGACAGUCUUCUAAAUGGGACAUUUUCAUCCGAGAUGUUGUCUUUAGAGCCAAAAGACAGUGCCUCAGUUGAAGAAAGUAAUGGCAUAGUUGAGGAAAAACAGACUUCUGAACAGGAAAAUGAAGACAACACGGUGGAAGUCCCAGAGAGCACUCUCCCAGAAGAACAAGAAACAAUGGAAAUUGUUCCUGAAGAUGCAGAAUGUAAAGAACCGAAAGAGAAAGGAAGCAAAAAGGAUUAUAUUCAGGAAAAGCAAAGGAGACAAGAAGAGCAGAGGAAAAGACAUUUAGAGGCAGCUGCUCUACUGAGUGAAAGAAACGCAGAUGGUUUAAUUGUAGCAAGUCGUUUCCAUCCCAUUCCGCUGCUGAUGUCUUUGCUGGACUUUGUGGCCCCUUCCAGGCCAUUUGUGGUCUACUGUCAGUAUAAGGAGCCACUUUUGGAAUGCUACACAAAACUGCGGGAGAGAGGAGGGGUUAUUAACCUCAGGCUUUCUGAAACCUGGCUCCGAAAUUACCAGGUUUUGCCAGAUCGAAGUCAUCCCAAACUGCUGAUGAGUGGAGGUGGGGGCUACAUUCUCUCAGGCUUCACUGUUGUCAUGGACAACCUCAAG